CUCUUUUGAGGACGAAGAGAGGCCAGAGAUACAUGGCUCCUCCCUCAGUGUAAGUAAAAACAUUCCAGCCAAGUGAGAGAGCCAGCGAAUUUGAAACGCUGGAAGUCACUUCUUUUGGUCCCUUCUCCUUGUGAGCACUCUCAUGCUUACUAGAGGACAAGGACGCUCCAUAAGCAGCUGCAGCACAUCUUUUUUGAGGGUUCUUUUGUUUUGUGGAGUACGUGAAAGCGUCCCUUAUCCAAAGCCAAGAUGAAAGCCUCCAUAUUUUUCAUUCUCUUGACCAUUUUGGCUCAUUCCAGAGGCCAGUACCACUACCAGGGCCUGAUGAACUACCUGGAAAACAGGAUGAUUGCUAUGGAGGAACGCAUUGCCUUGUGGCAUGAACAGAACAACCGCUACAACUCCGACCUGAAGGAAUUCAGGCAGCAGGCUGCAGACCUGUUGGAGAAGUUGGCCAAGGAGCAUAAUAAACUGCGUUCAGACAUGGAGGGCGCAGGAGCACGGGUAGACCGUGUGGAGCGUGAGAUGGACUAUAUUGAAACCAAGAAUCCCCCUAAGCCUUGUGUGAAAGCAGCAGACAAAAUGGUGGAACAGGACGUGGUUGUCAAAGAGAGGAAGAAGGAAGACUUCUUUGAGUUGUCUGUGUGUGUGAACAUUGUAUCCACUCUAAAAGCAAUGAAGAUCCUUAAGAGGUUGGGGAGCCCGAAAGGUGUCUGGACCAAAGAUGCCAGGUCAGCAAAAGUCUAUGUCUUCAACGGCACAUCCGACAACACGCUGUAUGAAUUCAACUCAGUGAAAGAGCUCUCGGCAUCAUCAGGCGUAUCUAAAGGCAAGCAAAUCACUGUUCCCUCCGCUUGGAACGGGACAGGUCAUGCAGUCUAUGAUGGCUUUCUCUAUUACAUCAGUGAAAGUUCAGAGCUCCAAGUUAUUAAAUAUGACCUCAAGAAAGGUUCGGUUGCAGACAGUGCAGUGUUUCCCAUGGAGGACCGCAGCCCAGUGUACCAACUCAAUCCAGAGACAAUGGUGGACUUGGUGGUGGAUGAGGAUGGGCUAUGGGCGCUGUAUCCGGCCGGAGACACUAUUAAUCUUGCUAAGAUGGACUCUAACUCUCUGGAUAUAGAACAGAUGUGGGACACGGCGUGUCCAAGAAACAAUGCUGAAGCAGCUUUUAUUGUCUGUGGCACAGUCUAUGUGGUUUACAACACCAAGCCGCCGAGCCGCUCGCGUGUGCAGUGUGUGUACGAUGUGAAUGACAUGGUGAGCAGUGGCGAAGCCCCUCUGAUUUAUUUCCCAAGGCGCUAUGGGGCUCAUUCCAGCCUCAAAUACAAUCCUGAGGAGCGGCAACUCUAUGCAUGGGAUGAUGGGUACCAGAUUCUGUAUAAACUAGCGCUGAAGAAGAAGCUAUGGGCGAUAAUGCCACCACCUGAGGAAUAGUGGCACUUUUUAGCUCUUAAAGGGCUUUAUGUUCCUGGCUAUAAAAAGUUUGUGUUUUCUUUAGGGGAUAGUUACUGAAAGUGAAAAUUCUGUCAUUAUUUAUUCACCUUCAUGUUGUCAAAUCUGUAUGACUUUAUUUGUUCCAUUAAACUCAACAGGAAAAAUGUUGAAUUUUUUUCCAUUCAAUUACAAUGGAAGAGGACCAAUGUGUUUAAUCGUCAAAAAGGACACAAAACCUUCUCUGAGUCAGAACUUUUAAAUGAAUUGACUUAUCCAGUUCACAGAAUGAUUUGUUCAUGACUGAACCUGUUCAGUCAGUUUAAUUCACUGAUUCAGUUGCAGCAGUUAAUGGCUCACUGAAUUGUCAAUGUUAAACAAACUGGGUCUAAUUCUUACAUAAAUCUACCAUGACUUUUUUGUGAAACAAACAAACAAACAAAAAAUGUAAUAAAAAUAUGAAUCUGAAAAUGAUUGAGUUUUAAUUACCUGUAGUUUUAUGCUGUAAUUUGAACCCCACUCUUUAUCUACAGUAUAUUUUAAACUUAAAUUUUCACAUGAAGUUAUUGUAUGACUUCAGAAAACUUGAAAUGUAUAAGUUGUAUGGAUCUAUUAUAAUACAAUUAUGGUGGUUUAAAGGGUUAAUUCACCCAAAAAUUAAAUUUCUGUCAUUAAUUACUCACCCUCAUGUCGUUCCACACCUGUAUGACCUUCGUUUGAACACAAAUUAAGAUAUUUUUUUAUGAAAUCUGAGUUUUUUUUUUCUAAUCUCCCAUAGAAAUCAAUGAAAUUACUAUAUUCAAGGUCCAGAGAAAUAGUAAAGAUAUGGUUAAAAUUGUCAAUGUGACUACAGUGGUUGAACCUUAAUGUUAUGAAGCCAUGAGGGAAAAAAAACAAAAAUAACGACUUUAUUCAGCAAUUUCCUCUCUACCCUGUCAGUCUCCUAAGCUUUCUUUGCUUUCUUUGUUGCUUUCUAUGGGGAAAAAAAAAAAACCUCUCGGAUUUUAUCAAAUCGAAGGUCUUACGGGUUUGGAACGACAUGAGGGUAAUUAAUGACAGAAAUUUCAGUUUUUGGUGAACGAACCAUUUAAAGCCCUGUUUACACUAGUGCGUUUUUGUUUUAAAACGGCGUUUUAAAAUGAAAAUGAUCCUCGUCUACACUAUAGCGUUUCCACAGCAUUUCAGAAACGAUCUCUGUGACUACAUGUCACAUGACUGUUCAAGCACACUGGGCAUGCGCGUACAAGUGUAAACAGUUGCCUCGUGCAUGUAGGCAGCUGCAGUAUUAAAAAAAC